UUUGCAGGCAGGCAGCAUGCGCGCAUACCGCCCCCUCGACCCGCGUACUACUCUGCCCGCGCAGCGACCAUCUUGGACCCUCAUGCGCUUGUAAUGAUGCCGUGAGCUGCCUAUUGUCUCCGUCACCACCACAAAACAACCGCUGCUCGACUCGGUGGGGUCCACCACCUGCCCGCAAUGGAUCACGCGACGCUCGUCUUCGCGUCCGUCUUCCCCGUUCCCUCGCUCUCGCACACAACCCCUACGCCGGUUGCGACGCCGAAUCUCGGAUACACUGAGCCUGGGGCUUCUUUUGGUAGCCCGCAUGCUGCUGAUGCCGCCGUCACACCACGGCGCGCUGUGCGGCGCAAUUUUGCGUGGAGCACAGCGACGCGGUUUCUGAGCUUGCCCAGGGACUUGGACAAGGCUCCAAGGAGGCCACGAAGGCCGCCGGAUGUUGACGAGGCAUUGGACUAUCUUAUCGUUGGGGAAGGUACUGGUCAGGACCACGAGGAGGGGAUUGCAGAUUGGUACGCCAAUGAGGCCCGAUUACAUUUUGCGAACCACGUGAGGCAAGGCCUGACGGAGGUUUGGGACAAGGACGUCGAAGUGGGCAAUGCCUGGCGCGUUCUCGAGGACACCCAACGAGUGCUCGCACAAGUACAAAACCUCUACCUUCAGCCUUUCUACGAUCACAUACUGCCCUUCAUAGAACAAGCCGCCGCCAACAUCACAAUACGCGCCAGCAAGUCGAACGACAACCUAGAAGCCGAAACGGUGGAAGCUGCAAAACGCAAAUUCGAGAGGGAGAUACACGCGAUCUUUGCGCACAGCCUUCCGGUAGGCCGCUUUUCGAAGACGCUGAGUUACAUGUUUUAUGAUGCGGCAUGUAAAUUGUUCCGGCUUCAGGUACGCCUUGAUGGCAUUGCACAUGUCGUUCCCGAUCAUACAGACACGAAGAAGGUACGCCGGCGGAUGAUGCUUCUCCUGGUUGGCCUCAAUCGUAUCGGCCUGGGACAAGAUGAAGCUCAACGAGCGUUGGCGUAUGCAAUGGACAAGCUUCUGGAUACCUACAUUGCAAGCCAUUAUCUCAAGGUAGAUUGGUACACCAAGCAAUCUAUCACAUCUCAGCUACGUGCAUGGAUUGAAAACGGAUUCAUACCUCUAGCCGAGCUCAUCCUGGAGUGUCUCAAGUGCGACCCUGCAUCCAUACCGCCACUGCAGCGGAAGCAGUGGCAGGAGAUGGCUUUGACGAGGCUUGGGCGGGCAAGGGUCGAGGACCUAUUUGACUUUGUCACUAAUUGGGACCGGAGUCUAGGUGCUGUAUUGGACCUCAAGGAGUAUCUCAGACUAGACGGCGCGAAAGAGCACCUCAAAGGCAGCUUCUCACGACAGGUUUCACGGCGGCUUUUGCAUCCGGGCGCCACCACAACGUACAUCCUAAAUGUCUACAUCUACAUAAUACGUGCAUUCAACAAGCUCGAACCCAAAGGCGUCAUACUACAGAGCGUAGCGCGACCUAUACGCAGGUACCUGAAGGAGCGAGAGGAUACUGCUCGUAUCAUCAUAGCAAGUCUGCUCAUCGACCUCAACGACGAGGCAAGCGUCAAGGCCGCAUCCACUGGCGAGCUCUCUUUUGAGAUUGCCAGUGAAAUGUCAAAGCCCUUUACACAUUCAGAAGACGCUGACGACGAGGCCAGCUGGAACGAUAUGAACUGGCAGCCUUCCCCGUACGACGCUUCCCCCGAAUACAAAAAGUCCAAAGUCGAAGAUGUCAUAUUCUUUCUGCUGACGCUGUGGGAUCGUGACGAUUUCAUCAAUGAACUGAAGAAUAUCCUAGGUGACCAUCUUCUAAAAUGUCAGGAUCCGGAGUUCCAGAAGGAGAUUCGUCUUCUUGAACUCAUCAAAAUUCGACUCGGCGAGGAUAAGCUGCAAGCAUGUGAGGUCAUGCUACGCGAUGUCCUUGAGUCCAGGCGCAUUAACGAAACUAUCCGCAAAGCCAGCGACCAACCUCAAGACCAAACUCCACAGACGCCAGAAGCUCUCGGUCCAAGGACCCCGCGACCGCGACGAAUAGGCCCCUCAACACCACUUAUCACAACCCCGCCUGGCCCAGCACUCAACGCACAGAUCCUCUCCUCCUUCUUCUGGCCCAUCCUCCGUGACGAAACCUUCCGCGUUCCUGCACAGAUCGAAUCCCUACAGCAAGACUACGAGUCGCGCUUUGAGCGCAUCAAGGGCAUGCGCAAGCUGCGCUGGAUGAACGCUCUGGGUGAUAGCCGCAUCACGCUCGAAUUCGACGAUCGAACCGAAGACUUUGACCACCUCACUCCAUGGCAGGUGAGCGUCGUGUACGCCUUCCAGCCGCAGCCGGGCGAAGAAUCGACCAGUAAAGCCAAAAGCAAAGGCCAAGCUAAGAGCGAGGGCAUUACACGCAACGCGGAGCAGCUCGAAGAGAUGCUCUCGAUGGACGAGGCGCUCGUGCACCAAGCCCUCGCCUUCUGGGUCGGCAAGUCGGUCCUGCGCGAAGUCGCACCCCAUACGUAUGCCGUCAUCGAGCGGCUCGACAGCUCGACCAAAGACUCGGACGCUGCGGCCGCCGCGCAGGAGAUUGCUGAGGUGCAGGCCGCCCAGAGCACGACGGUCAAGAGCCAGGCGGAUCUGCUGAACGAGCGCAAGGACGUGUAUAUGAGCUUCAUCACAGGGAUGCUGACGAACCAGGGGAAUCUGCCCGUCAUGCGUGUGUUGAUGAUGAUGCGAAUGAUGGUGCAAGGGGGUUUUCCGUUUGGGGCUGAGGAGGUGAGGGCGCUGUUGGGGGAGAUGGAGGGUGCGGGAAAGGUGGUACCGCUAGGUGGGGAUGUGUGGGGGAUCAGGAAGUAGAGCGGUCCGGUUCAGGGCUGCAGAAGGGGAAGUUGGUGGUUAUUUCAGGCCCUCAGUGGCGUUCACCGGUGAGACGUAUCGGCCAAAAAUGUGGUUCUGAUAGUGGGCACUUUUCAUUCGAAUUGAGCCUGUGCGGAUACU